AUGACUUGGUACCUUUUCAGAGCACAACAAUUGGUGUUAAUUACAUGGUUUACCGUCUUUGCUGCGUUUGCUUUGAUUGGUUUUCGGGAUUUUCUUUUCAACUUGGAGGAGAAUAGGUGCGAUAUGACAUGGAUGUACGAAUGGCCUCAGUACAUCAAAGUACCUAUGUGGAAAGGAACUGCAAAACGGUUUCCUAGGUAUGCUUUAUAUCUCUAUGGAGAAGGAGACUACGCAGAUAAAUCCAGAGGUCUUCAUCUUGGGGGAAUUCCUAUUCUCUUCAUUCCCGGUAAUGCAGGAAGUUACAAACAAGUUCGUUCCUUAGCAUCAGUGGCGUUGCGGAAAGCAGAGGGUCUGAGAUCGCAUUUUAAUUACUUUACGGCUGAUUUGGAUGAAUCAUUUUCUGGAAUAUUUGGAGGAGUAUUGAAUGAACAAACUGAAUUUGUAAGACUUUGCGUAGCACGUAUUAUCUGGUUGUAUAAGAAUACAGACAGUCCACCAACAUCUGUUAUACUUAUCGGACAUUCCAUGGGUGGAUUGAUAGCAAGGGGUUUAUUUACAUUGCCAAAGUUUGAUACAAGUUUUGUUCAUACCAUCAUUACUUACGGAACACCUCAUCGCCAUCCCAUUCUGCCUCUUGAUCCACAACUUAUGAAUUAUUACGAAAACGUUAACAGAUUUUGGAGAAGUCAUGCACUCGUGAAUGAUACCAUAUCAAGAUUGAAGAAUGUAACUGUUGUAUCUGUGAGUGGUGGUGUGAGAGAUGUGUUGGUGAGAUCUAGCCCUUCAUCGCUGCAACAUCUGGCCCUACACUCUCAAGCCAUAAGUGUAGUUACAACUUCUGUGCCAAGAGCAUGGAUCAGUGUAGACCAUCUUUGCCUCUGUUGGUGCCGACAGUUAGUUCUUGUGACCAAUCGCGCCUUAUUUGAUAUGAUAGAUCCAAACACACAACAGAUAACAGAAAAUGACCAACAGAGAGUUGCAUUCUUACAGCAUCACUUUCUGAGGAAUCCAGGUCAAUCAAAGGUUACUUUCAAUGAUGCUGGAAAUAUAAAUGGCAAAGAAAUAUAUUUAGCUAAAGAUUUUAAUCGUUUGGUUAUCCACAAACGGCUUUGGAGAUACACAGGAAAUGAACAAAAACUUUUAUUAUUUUCCAGGGAUGAGUGGUCAGCAACACAUGAUACCUUGAUGUUACUGACAACUAGUGAGUCUGACCAAUGGUUGUAUGGGUGUCCAGAGACUUCUGGUCAAGCCUGUAAUAGCACAGUUGAUUUAUCUUAUCAUGCUUCGCUUCUUCCAUGGAAUGGAUCAGUACUUAAACAUGUGAAGCUGACACUCAAUGCAUUUGAAGGAAUAGCAUAUUUUGCAGUUAUUGUGCCCUCUUCCAAGAAAACAACUUCUGUCUGGUCGGAGUAUCAAUCUUCUGGUAGUUUAGUGUAUGACAUGGAAUUACCUGCAGUGCUUUCUAUAAAAUCGAGAGUUCUUGUUAUUCCUUCUGAUUCUCUCUUUGCUAACAUAACUUUAAAGUCUGUUGUGAAGAGUUGGAGGGUCUAUGUUUUUAAUUUUGAAGCCUUAGACUGUGAUGUUAGAAAGUCAUUAUUAAUAACAAGGAUUCAUGUUCCCUGGUUCAAUGAAGAUGUUUACAGAUUUUCAAGCAAUGGUGCAGCAGAACUUGUGUUGAAACUGCAUCACCCUAAACCAAUAGGAAGCAAGCAGCAUGUCCAGAUACAUAUGUGGCUGGACCCAAAGUGUUCCUAUAGAAUCAGUGCUAAAUGUGAUUUCUAUCAAACACUUGGACAGAUUUACAGAUUUUAUGCAGUACAGCUUCCUUGUUGGACAUUUUCUGUUGUCAUGCUAGUGUUUGCAUGGCAGUUGUCUUCAAUGACAUUCAAAAAACAGUGUGAAUCAUUCUUUAGUCUGGCUACAAGUGUAUCAAAGAGUCUCAGGGUUUUGCUUCUUGUUGUACAAAUUCAUUUCUUUGCCUCACAGUUUAUUUUAGCAUUUUAUGUACUCAGCAGAGAGAGUGGUCAACAUGACUGGCUCCCCAGUGUCGAUGACUUGAAAACUUACAUAUGGUUGCUCCCCUUGAUUCUGAUCAUAUCUACAGCCCUCAUUAUUGUCAUUGCAUUAUUUGUCUUAAUUGGAAUGAUAACUAAUUUUGGUGGUUUUAUUUUUAGUUACUUUGAAUUACUACCAUAUGUUCAAAAGCAACCAGGAGUAAAGGAUUGGAUAUGGAAAGUUGCCAUCAUAUUAUCAUCAGUUGUUUUCUGUGGGACAUUGAGCCUUCUCUUGGUCUUUUUUUGGUGUUUUUGGAGGAAUUGGAAAUACAUGGCUCUUUGUAAAAGGUAUAAGACUCAGCAAUCUGAACAGAAAAUCAAGACAAUUUUAGUUGCAAUAGAGAGCCAGUUAAACAUUGGAUUAACAAUGUGUGUUAUAUUGUUCUUAGUUAUUUUGGUAAGUUUUCCAGCAUUAGUGGUUUGGGCCAAAAAUUUGUCAUUUUCUUAUCAUCUUUCAUCAGAUCACACAACUUUUUUUUCAAUUGUUCUUUGUGUGAAUGUGAUUGUGUUCGACCCACUGGUAAAAGUACCUCGUUCUCUAGUGUAUUUCUGCUUUUCACUGGGCAUUGUUGUGACCCAUGCUGUUGUCAUCCCAAUGCACAUGAUACCCUAUGUUAUUUGUCUUCUUUUUACUGUAUUGAAUUUGUACCACUUUUUUACUGUGUUUAAAAGGAGCAAGGAGGAUUAA